AUCCAUGUUUGAAUUGAAUAUAUUGUUAUGAACACUAUAAGAUUUCACCCUGGUGGCUCAGAGGGAUACUGGGAACACUUGCAGUACAUUUGUACACACCUGUGAUACCGUGCAUACCGUACAUACCGUGCACACUGUGCAGUAUACGCCCUCUUGUGAUCUCCUAGCUUUGCAACUUGUGAUUUAGUGAUUUUAUAUUUAAACAUAUAUCAGUGAUCUAGAUUUAAAUCGGAAAAAGAGGAAAUUUCUCUUUAAAUAAAAUUCGAAAUGCCGGAAUUAGAACGGUCUCCGGCAAUGGCCUCCAACGGAAAGUACGGAAAACCCUGGGUUAUGGAUGCUAGUCCAGGGGACGAGGAGGCUCCUAAGGAUCCUGGAGCAAGAGCAGGAGGAGGAGGAGGACACACUGUCUCUGACCAAGAUAUUUCUGGACAUCGUCAUGUCUUUGUCGGGUUCCAUCUGCCUAAACGUCACGGACAUGGACAUGGUCAUGGUCAUGAGGGAGAGACCACCAAGAGUGGGUUUACAGACUCGCAGUCAAAUGUGUACAACCCUAUUAACCUUGCAUUAACAUACAUACCUUGCAAUACGCAUUUACAUAAAAAAGUGACGCCCCCGGCCCAACGGGUUCAGUUUAUCCUUGGGGAGGAAGGUCGUCAGGAGCCCGCCCUAGAGACUCACCCGGUCUUCUCCGAGAUGGAGGAGCUCUUCGUCGGGGAGGACGGGGAUAUGGAGUGGAAGGAAACAGCAAGAUGGGUAAAGUUUGAAGAGGAUGUAGAGGAGGGAGGGAAUAGAUGGAGUAAACCCCAUGUUGCAACUCUAUCCUUGCAUUCUCUUUUCGAACUCAGAUCUUUCCUGCUCAAUGGAACAGAUGACAAUGUUCAGGUAAAAGGCGCCAUCUUGAAAAAGCAUCGUCAUCAGUUUGAAGGUCUUAAGAAGCAGGCUAAUGAGAACGGUAGCUCCACAAAUAUGGCGAAGCUCCCACUGAUCAGGUCUUUAGCAGAUAUUGGUAAAACUCACUCGUCCUCAAAAAGCAUGACGAAACUCCGUGACAUGUUCCAACCUUCAGCAGGGGCAGGUUCCGCUACUGUAGGCCAGGGCAGUGAUCCUAAUUUACCAAGAAAUAAAUCUGAUGUGGAAAAUAAUAUGGUGAAAUCGGAGAGUUCAGCCCAGCUGGAGAUAAAGAUGAACAAUCACUUUAUGAAAAAGAUCCCUAAGGGGGCUGAAGCCUCAAAUAUUCUAGUUGGAGAGGUAGACUUCCUGGACAAACCUUUAUCUGCCUUCAUUAGGUUACAGGAGGCGACCAUCCUGGGAGAUUUGACCGAGGUUCCUGUACCGACACGCUUUCUAUUUGUACUGCUAGGACCAACUGGUGGAUUAUCCCGGUACCAUGAGAUAGGACGAGCUGUAGCAACUGUAAUGUCUGAUGAGAUAUUCCACGAUGUAGCGUAUAAAGCUGUUAAACGAGAUCAUCUACUCGCAGGUUUGGAUGAAUUUCUUGAUGCUGUAACAGUUCUACCCCCCGGAGAAUGGGAUCCAUCCAUUAGAAUUGAACCUCCAUCCUCAGUCCCUUCCCAACAAUCGAGAAAGAACCCCAACCAACCUAAACAGGAAAUAGAUGAAGAGGAGGAGGAGGAGAAAAUUAGGGAAGAGUCCGGAUUAACCCGAACUGGAAGGUUCUGUGGAGGGUUGUUAAAUGAUAUCAAGAGAAAGAAACCCUGGUACAUCUCAGAUUUCAAGGAUGCUCUUUCACUGCAGUGUGUAGCCUCCUAUGUAUUCAUCUACUUUGCCUGCUUGACCCCAAUCAUAACCUUUGGUGGCCUAUUGGGUGAUGCCACCAAGAACCACAUGGCAUCCAUGGAGUCUCUAGUCUCGGGAAUGAUUUGUGGUGUCUUGUUUGGAAUGUUCUCUGGACAGCCAUUAACCAUUCUUGGAUCAACUGGUCCAGUGUUGGUGUUCGAGACAAUCGUUUUUGAUUUCUGCAAGGCACAAGAAUGGAAUUAUCUCUCUUUCAGGCUAUGUAUUGGAGCAUGGAUUGGAUUGAUCCUAAUCAUCUUGGUGGCAACUGAUGCUAGUGCCAUGGUCUGCUACAUUACAAGGUUUACAGAAGAGAACUUUGCAACCUUGAUAGCGGUCAUCUUCAUCAUUAAGGCUGUAGAUAAACUGUUAUCUAUUGGUGCCAAGACUCCAAUCCAUCCUAGCGACUGUUUCUGUAUUCCAGAAGAAGAAUUUCCAGGCUGGAACAAAUCCAUGAGUAUGCUGUUGGCUGGGGAUGACAAUGAUAUUGGCCUGAAAUCCAAGCAGGCUUGUUCAUUCCAAGCAAUGAUGAACAAUACUAUCACUGAUGUUCAUGGUCAUGAAUCGGUUGGAUGCCACUAUGUCCCGAACGCGUUCUUGAUGAGCUGUCUCAUCUUCGUCGGAACCUUCCUCAUCUCCUUCCAUCUCAAGAAGUUCAAAACACAGAACUUCUUCCCCACAGUUGUCAGACAGUACAUUAGUGAUUUUGCUGUGGUGAUUGCAAUCCUAUCUAUGACUCUGACAGAUAUGAUGGUCGGAGUAGAUACUCCAAAACUUAGUGUUCCGGAUAAGUUUGCUCCCACCCUACCCACUAGAGAUUGGUUAAUCCAUCCUUUAGCUGACAAUCCUUGGUAUACUCCUAUACUAGCUCUAGUCCCAGCUUUACUAGGUUCUAUCCUGAUCUUCAUGGAUCAGCAGAUCACUGCUGUCAUAGUUAACAGAAAAGAACAUCAACUACUGAAAGGAGGCGGAUACCAUCUUGAUCUCCUGAUAUAUUUUAGAUCUUUGACCCGGGAAUCUGAAGGAGCCGCCCCUGGAGAAAAACCUCAGUUCCUCGGAAUCAGAGAGCAGAGAGUUACCCAUGUUUUGAUCUUUAUUACUGUUGGUCUCAGUGUAUUCAUGACACCAAUUCUUAGCAAGAUCCCUAUGCCUGUACUGUACGGCGUGUUCCUGUACAUGGGUGUGGCCUCCCUCAAUGGCCUUCAAUUCUUUGACAGAAUUCUGCUGCUUUUUAUGCCGAAGAAAUAUCAGCCAGACUACCCUUAUCUGAGACAGGUUCAGAUAAACCGUGUUCAUUUGUUCACUCUUGUUCAAGUUUGUUGCUUUGUUGCUCUUUGGUUGAUCAAAUCCUUCAAACAGACAUCUAUUCUCUUCCCAGUUAUGUUGGUGAUCAUGAUUGGAGUCAGGAAGGGGCUGGAUUUUAUCUUCACCAAGAAAGAGCUCCAGGUUCUGGACGAUAUACUUCCAGAGUUCAAGAGACACGAUCGUUUAGAUGACGAGGAAGCUCUUCAAGAGCUUGUUCUGAGAACUAGCAACCUUCUUAUGAUACCUGCCGGCAUACUUGGUAUAGCUCAGGUAGCUCAGAAUGAAGGCUCUGAGAAGGAUAAGGGUGAUGGUAAAGGCAGUCUUCGCUGCACAAAAUCUUCGGUUGAGGUCCCGAUGUUGAAUGGAAAUGUGUUAAAGAUCCCUCACCAAGCGAUUAACAUCACCGAGGAGAUGAAUAAGAGCGGGUGCUGGCAGAGUUUAGAACCAAACGCGGCAACGCCGCUCAUCAAAGUGUCGUCUUCGUCUUCAAAGGGGGGAUCUAGAAAGAAAUCUCGAAGAAUGAGCCUCGUCCAGGAAGAAGAAGAGGGGGGAAUAACUAUGAAGGCUGGAAAACCUCGUUUAGAAGAAGAAUCUAAGGAUGAAGAGGAAACUAAAAAUCUUGUUGAUCUUGAAGAUGACUUAACUGUUAAAUCUUGAAUUUUGAUGUCUUAGUCCUAGAUCCUGUUAUACAACUGAAUUAUUGCUUGAAGCUUGCAAGGACUGUAAUUUUAAAGUGUCAUGUCCGAUUCACAACUGUACUCUUUGAUUCUCAGUAGGGGUUCUUUCAGAAAAAAACGUUCAAGCUAAAAAAACGAUGAUAUCUCCCUCGUCAUUGAUCAAAUAAUGAUUUACAGGGUACCGUUGUAAAUCGGGCAUGACUUUCCUUAAACAGAGGGUCACUAAAUAUUAUGUUUACGAUCACUUUCAAGCCUGGAAAGCAAUAAACCUAUGUUUCUAAGUUCUGGUAUCAAUAUUUUAAAUUCACAUUUUAAUCCUGAAAUCCAUAUUUUAUUUCAGAAAUUCCAUUAGAGGCUCUAUAUGAGACCAUUGAAGAUUUAAUGAAUUUAAUUAAUGUUAAUAUUAACAUACAAAUGUUAAGUGAUAUUAACAUAUAAAUAAACAUCAAUUGUUUAAAGUCAAUGUUAAUGUUAAUGUUAAUGUUAACUAACACCCAUAAAUUUUAAUCCAGAAAUUCAUAUUUCAGUCCUGAAAUCCAUAUUUCAAUCCUGAAAUUCAUGUUUUAAUCCUAAAAUUCAUAUUUUAAUCCUAUAAUCCUGGUUUUACUAUACAUAAAUUUUACUCAAAAAUUGUGUUCAUUAAUGAAGUUAACGACAUGUUUUUGUCCAUUUAGAAGGAAAUUGUAUGUAAUCUUUCUUUGCUGCAUUUCAACUGGUCUCAAAGAUUUUUCUAUUCAAUUUUUUACUUCUUUAAAAAAUUAGAUGAUUUUAGGGUAUGAUAUGUAAAUAUAUAAUGUAGAAAUAUUUGUGUACUUGAGAAUUUUUUGUAGUUAUAGAAUUGUGUAAUUUCUUAAAUGUCUAGAAAUUAGUUGAUUGAAUUUCAAUUAUUGUGCUUAAAUUAUGUUUUAGCAGCUCUUUUAAGCAGCUCUCCGUUUAACAGGUCUUGUAAGCUGUUUUCCGUUUAGGGAGUAAAUUCCAUUUUAGGUCUUGUUAUAAACCAUGAACUUCUCUGUGGUUAUUAGAGUCAAACAGCUUUAUAUUUCCGUAGAUUUUGUUGACUCCUUGUCUAGAGGGCUAUUUGGAAAUCUUGAUGCUAUUCAUCUUUUGACAUAAUUGCUUUUUUAAAUAUCAGCAUUAUAAUAACUCGUCUUUAUUGCAAACAGAAGAAAUUCAAUAUCCCAUCAAUUUUAAGAAGUAGUUUGUUUUGGUCACAUUUUAUCCAUCAAUGACAAGAAGUAGUUUGUUUUGGUCACAUUUUAUCCAUCAAUGACAAGAAGUAAUUUGGUUUGGUCACAUUUUAUCAAUCAAUGACAAGAAGUAGUUUGGUUUUAUUUUACAUUUAUCAAUUAUUAUUUCAUAUUUAUCAAUCAAUGACUAGAAGUAGUUUGGUUUGAUUAUAUUUUAUCAAUCAAUGACAAGAAGUAGUUUGGUUUGGUCAUAUUUUAUCAAUCAAUGACAAGAAGUAGUUUGGUUUGGUCAUAUUUUAUCAAUCAAUGACAAGAAGUAGUUUGGUCUAUAAUUUCAUAUUUUAUCAAUCAGUUCCAAGAAGUAGUUUGGUUUGGUCAUUUUUUAUAAAUCAAUGACAAGAAGUAGUUUGGUUUAAAAUUUAUCAAUCAAUGAAUCAUAAAAUGCAUAAAAUGUAACAUUGUAACAUCAAGAUCAAUAAAGAAUAAUUGGCA